AUGGACACCACAUUCGACCUAUCGAACCCGGACUUCGAAGGGGAACUCACGAAGCGCAGCGUAUGGUUGAAGGAGUGGCGUACGAGAUACUUUGUGCUGAAGGGAAACAAGUUAUACUUCUGUCGCGUUAAAGGAGAGAGUCCUCACGGCGUGAUCGACCUCUCGGAGUGCCUCACUGUGAAAUCGGCCGAAGAAAAGACCAACAAGCGGUAUUGCUUCGAGGUGGCGACGCCUGAGGCCACGUACUACAUGCAUGCCGAGAGCGAAAAGCAGAAGGAAGAGUGGAUUGGGGCCAUCGGUCGCACCAUCGUCAAAUUCUCGAGCUCGUUCACGGGCGAGGAAGGGGCCAACGACGAAGAUGUCUAA